AUGGCCCCAAUGCGCACAUCGCGCCAGCACCCCAAGGCUAGCAGCGUCCCCAGCUCACGCACCAACGAUAUGGGUCAGCAAGCCAGCCUCGUCAGGCACAAGUCCUCCUCGAGUCCCUCCAGCUCAAGCAGCCCGAGCUUGAUUGGCUCCUCGCCUCAACCGUUGCAGAUGACAGCCUCGCCCUCAUCCACGCCAUCGCCUUCACCGCGCAAGCAGAUCCGACUCCCUUCCUGGCCCCACCUGAUGGCGGACAUUACCCAGGACCUUGAGAAAGAGGACCUCCCACCUCCCCUAUCGACCCAAAUGGAAGACGGACUUUUACGUCCCCCAAGCACCGUGUGGCGCGGGCGUUCCAGCUCGCCUUCCGUCUCGGGAUCUACUCGAGACUCACCCUCCGUCUCCUCUCUGGCCUCUGUCACACCCGUGCCUGGGUCCAGUGGCCACGCCGCAGACGAGUGCUCCGACGUUGAGGACGUUGCCUCCUGGGCGGCACACCACAUUCCGUUCUCAGGCGUAAGUGGUUCGACUUUUAACCUUAUCCUUGAAAGUUUCCCCUCUGCGAUGGCUGCUGUCCAGCGGCAGGAGGAGACUGGGGCGCCGAGCAGUCCCAGCCUCUGUGAGCUUGCCACAGUGAUGCCACUUUUCCACGGCAAGCAGACCGACAGCAGCGAAGCGGCGGAAGCCAACGGCCACGACGGUGCCAAGACAGUCAACAACAAAAGCGAGCAGACCGACGACCUGGGUUUAAACCCCCGCAUCGCAUCCGCUGAGCUCCCCGAGGCCAAGACUGAGUUUGGUUGGAAUCCCCACCGCCCGGGGAAGCCCACGAUGGCCACGAUGGCCACUCUUUUCGACCCUGUCAUCGGUGACGACUCCCCACUGGAAAACGACAAAAACCUCCCGGCCAAGCACAAUGGAGGGGUCCAGGCUGGCGAUGCCACCAGCCCCGCCUCCAAGGCCCCUGACACGCCCUCCAAAGUGAUGCCUCCGGUUGCUCGGACUCCCAGCCGGCCCAGCCGGUUUGGACGUGCGGCAAUGCUGGCCGGCGAUGCCACCACCCUCGCCUCCGAGGCCCCUGCCAGGCUCCCCAAAGCGCGGCCCACGGUUGUUCGGGCUGCCAGCCGGCCCAGCCGGUUUGAACUUGCGGCGAUGCGUACUCCUUUCGACCGCAUCAAGGACGCCGACGUCGCGGAGGCCACCGGCAGGGCUGUCGUACAGGACGGCAACAGAGAAGGCGCACUCGCAGACCGCAGCAGGGAAAACGCACUUGCAGACGACAGCAACGUUGCCAAAGUCAGCGACGACGUGCGGGCUCAUAACGAGGGUAGAGUCAUUUCACGCACUUCCCCUUCACCCACGCAUGCCAAGCAGGCGCCCAGCGAGUUUAAAGCGACUUUUCGCUCUGCUGACUUGCCCACGCCACCAGAGCGGGCCAACGACAAGGGAGGAAUCGCUCCCCACACUGAUGCCUCCCCCACUCCUUCCCCCCCACCCAAAUCAAAGCUCACCUACGAUUCGGAGCGCGUCGCACGCCUCAUUCGCCCCCGGCCCCGCCUCUCCCUCCCGUGCGCCAGUGCGGCCGCCUCCGCGGAGGGACCUAAGCCCACUCCUCCGACCGCCAAGGACAGCAUCGACAUGGCUCUCGCCGCACUUUACUUUCCUAUGGCGAUCGGGAUGGCGUGGCUCGUCGUCUUCAGAUAUAUCGACGCCAUCGGGCCCAACGUUGUCCACCUCCAUACCGGCCUCCGGGCCCUCGCCCUCAGCCCCGGUUGGUGUCUUCUUGCGCUUGCCGCAGCCGGGACCAUCACUUACGCUGCCGAGCUCGCGCGCAAGCAUCCUCUCCUUUUCGCAAUUGGCACGGCAGUCAUUUGGGCAAUCCUCCAGGGCGCCCCGCCCCGCCGCAGCCCGUUUCCUAGGUUCGAUGCUCGCCCAACAUUCGGCCCCUCACCCAGCGCAUGGGGCUGGGCGACUGUGGGCGACUGGGGAAGUUGGACCGGCGACUGGUCCCACUUCUAA